CGCGCCAAGAAUAGGGCCUCGGUGCCAUCAAGAAACAACAACCGACUCGUUCGCAGCCCACGAUGUCGGGCCUCGGAGGCGUCGUCGGCGCGAGCUGCGUGACGAGGCGCCCGGUCCACGAUCCUCGGGCCGGGUCCACGGUCCUCGACGUGCUCACGCGGAAGCUCCGGUCCAAGCUCGAAGCGCUCAUCCCGGUCGAGAACGAGCGCGUCGAGAAGGCGUUCGAGCUCUUUACGAGCUCGGACGCGAUCUCGCCCAACGCUUUUCACUCGCUAUUGCUCAAGUUUCGCAUCUGCGCCAACCGCCAGCAGAGCUACGCGCUCUUCCACCUCUACGACUCGGACGCCACGGGUACGCUCGAUCGCGCCAAGUUCAAGCGCGGAGUCUUUGGCACGCCACGCGGGAAGCGCCAGCACGUGACCUCGACAACGCUGCUUAAGAAGAAGAAAGGCGCCGCCUUGAGUGCACCCGUCGCAGCCAUCGCACUAACGUCGCCACUCCGUGUGCCCAACCAGGUGGCGCCACCGGUCCUCGCGCAGCCCGAUCGUCUCGCGCACAAGCCGAUGCAGUUGCACCACCACCCGGCGCGGGCGCAGCACGAGGUGAUGGUCGGCGACAACCUUCCGUUGCCCGAAAUCAUCAAGCGGAUACGGGAGAAGAUCGACCAGCGCACGUCGAAGGGCUCGGACCGGUUCCGACAAGCGUUCAUGAUCUUUACAAAAGCGUCGGGUAUUACGCUCGACGAGUUUCACGAAGGGCUCCUCCGCAUGGGCUUUCGUCUCACGUCGUCGCAAGCCCAAGAGCUCUUUGCGAUGUUUGACGCAAAUCACUCGGGCGACCUCGACCUCAACGAGUUUGUCCAAGGCAUUACGAUCGACGACUACUCGGCCACGUACAUUCAAGCCCAAAUCGAGCGCCAGAAACGCGAGGACGUCCGGCGACUGCGCUACGCGGCGGCCGUCCACAGCGUCGAGGCCUCCUGGACGAUCGAAGACAUGGAGCGCAAGCUCCGGGAGAAGAUCGAGCAGCACACGUCGCGGUCGUCCGACUGCUUUCGGCAGGCGCUGCAGAUAUUUAAAAAGACCAGCGGCAUCCGCGCGCACGAGUUCCACGACGCGCUCGCCGAGCUCGGCCUGGACCUGCCCCGCGCGUCGACCAUGAAGCUCUUUCAAAAGUACGAUCUCGACGGCAGCGGCGACAUUGACCUCAACGAAUUUGUGCGCGGCGUGCUCCCGCCCGACUACACCAAGGGGACGUGGGUCGCCGAAGCCGACGAGAUGGCGCGCCAAGACGCGUUGCGCAAGCAACUCCAGCCAGAUGCCUACUACAACCGCGUCAACAUCGACCACUGGAGCCUCGACGCGAUUCAAACCAAGCUCCGCGAGCGCAUUACGCAGAAAACGUCCAAGUCCUCGGACACGUUCCGGCAAGUCUACCGCGUCUUUCAGAAGGCCCACGGUAUCACAUUUGACGAAUUCACGCGCGGUGUCCUCGUCCUCGGCUUCCGCCUCAACGAGGCCCAAGCCCGCGGGCUCUUUGACCGCUACGAUACCGACAAGAGCAGCACGAUCGAUCUCGCCGAGUUUUGCAAGCACGUGCUCGCCCCCGACUACACCGGCGACGGCGACGUCUGGGGCAUGACGCACGAUGAGCGACUGCAAAAGGGGGCCGACGCGAUCGCAUAUGCGUCGCUGACCAAGAACGGUACGGUGCGACUCGCGACACCACCGCGACCGACGUCGGCACCGCCGGCGCGACCGGCCACGUCGUCGUCGUCAUCGUCCGGUAGCAAUGCCUCGGGUCGCCGCCCGUCGUCGCCCCGAAAACACAUACGUCCGAGCAAGCCUGGGGACGUACCACGAAGGGCGUCGAUCGGGGCACCGACACGACCGAGCAGUGCAGUGGGGAUGCGACCGCUCUCAGCGCGCGUGUCGACGGCUCAUGACGACCGACCAGCCACGGCGCGACCGGUCUCGGCUGGCUCGCGCCUUCCGCUGCAAAAAGCCAAGCGCGAGUCCCACAUGCUGUGGCGAAGAAAGAUUGAGGCCCACCACGCCCGUACCCCCCACGCCGCCGACACCGACGAUGACAACGACGACGACGACGAUGUCGAGGUGGACGAAACACCCAGCGAGCCCGACGACGACUACGAUGCGACCGACGCCAGUAGCGAGCGUCCGUCGUCGGCCGCGCGAUCACGGUCCGUGGCCUCUUUUACGUCGACCCGGCCAUCGUCCCCAAGUUUUCGUCGACCAGUAUCGCCAAGCUCUCGCCGGCCGUCGUCGCCAUCGUCGAGUGCGAGUCGGCCAACGUCGCCACGGCCGUCGCGUCGCCCGUCGACACCCGAGCCGUCGACAUCGAGCACGAGUCGGUCGUCGCUUCGGUCGGGGCGGUCCGAAGCGUCACUGCGGUCGCGGCAGCCGAGGACGUCACGGGAGCUGCCCGUCGCCAAGUUUUCACCGCGCACGUACUCGCACGGCUUCAAGCGGCUCUUUCUCCAAAUGGCCAAAGACAAGUUACUGCCAUAGCCGCCCACCACUGUAAUAUACACACGUCCAACAACAUA